AGGAAUGGCUACAAUUUCUCAUGUAUCAUACCGUUGUUCCUGCUGGGUCAUUAUAAAAGCCACCUCUUCUUUAGAGUCCGUGGAACUGAUGAGCAGGAUCCGAACUAAAAUACACGGGAACCUCACUCAUGGGAACUUCACCCAAGAUGAGUUGACUUUAUUGGUAAAGUCUGACCGUGUUGCAGUGAAAAAGCUAGAGCCAGGAAAAUGUGAAGCAGAUGAAACACCCUCAAAAUACAAAGGAACAUAUAAGUGGCCAUUAACUGACCCUACUGAGACAGCCCAAGAAAGGUGCAUUAAAAAUGCGAAUAGGAAUGCCACAAGAAUUUGUUCCAUCAACAUCCAAACUGGCAAGUGUCAGUGGGAAAAGCCAAGACUUAAGCAAUGCAAGUUGCUUCAAGGACUCCCUGAUAAGAUUGUGGAUCUUGCUAAUAUCACCGUAAGUGAUG